AUGGCAAACAUUCCUCAUGGUGGUGUCUUGAAAGACUUGGUCGCUCGUGAUGCACAAAUAUCAUCCCGACUUCGUGAUGAGGCUGCUGAACUGCCUGAUAUUGUACUCACCGAGCGCCAGUUAUGUGAUCUCGAGCUUAUCACAAAUGGAGGAUUCAGUCCUCUCGAAGGAUUCAUGAAUGAAAAGGAUUAUAAAAGUGUUGUGGAUGACCUCCGAUUGGCUGAUGGCACACUGUUCCCCAUGCCUAUCACCCUCGACGUUUCAAAAGCAACAAUAGAUGAACUUAAGAUAGCUGCAGGAUCCCGGCUCGUCUUGCGAGAUCCUAGAGAUGAUGAAGCUCUUUCAAUACUUACAGUCGCGGAUGUAUAUAGACCCGAUCUCGUCAAAGAAGCAGAGAAAGUCUUUGGUGCUGACGAUCCUGCCCAUCCUUCUGUCGCUUACCUACGGAACCGUGUACAAGACUUUUACAUUGGAGGGACCGUUCAGGCCAUCCAAGCUCCUAACCACUUCGACUAUGUUGCAUUGCGAUAUACCCCCGCUGAGCUGCGAUCUCAUUUCAAGAAACUUGCUUGGAGGAAAGUCGUUGCUUUUCAGACCCGAAAUCCCAUGCAUCGUGCACACAGGGAACUUACUGUUCGUGCUGCCCGCCAACGACAAGCUAACGUCCUCAUUCACCCUGUUGUUGGCCUGACGAAACCUGGAGAUGUGGAUCAUUAUACUCGUGUUCGUGUCUAUGAAGCCAUCAUGGCAAAAUACCCCAAUGGCAUGGGCCACCUUGCUCUUCUACCGUUGGCAAUGCGGAUGGCAGGACCGAGAGAGGCAGUAUGGCACGCUAUCAUCCGUAAAAACUUUGGCGCCACUCAUUUUAUCGUUGGAAGAGAUCAUGCAGGACCUGGUAAAAAUUCUGAAGGCAAAGAUUUCUACGGUCCGUAUGAUGCACAAGAUUUAGUCACCAAGUACCACGAAGAGCUUGAAAUCGAGAUGGUACCAUUCCAACAAAUGACUUACUUACCUUCAACGGACGAAUAUCAGCCCGUAGACGAGGUACCGAAGGGCGUCCAAACCCUCGAUAUCUCUGGGACUGAGCUUCGCCGGCGUCUUAGGACCGGUGCCUCUAUUCCCGAUUGGUUCAGCUACGAUGCUGUAGUGAAAACCCUUCGCGAGAGCUACCCUCCACGAGAUAAACAAGGCUUUGUGAUCUUCCUCACUGGUUUAUACAAUUCCGGCAAGGAUACGAUUGCAAAGGCCUUGCAAGUUACUUUCAACCAACAAGGUGGACGCAGCGUGUCUCUUCUUCUUGGCGAAAAUGUACGAGACGAGUCAUCGAUAGAUAAAUCAUACACCUUGGAGGAACAACGCGAAAAUGCUCAGAGGAUUGCAUUCGUAUCCGCCGAACUAGCGCGCGCCGGUGCUGCUGUCAUCGCGGCUCCGGUUGCACCCCUUGAGUCAACCCGUCAGAGUGUUAAGAAUACUGUCUUACAUUCUGGAGGAGCAGGAGGCAACUUUUUCCUGAUUCAUGUGGCCACGCCAUUGGAACACUGUGAGAAGACUGACAGGAGAGGUAUCUAUGCUCGUGCGCGAAAAGGAGAUAUUAAAGGUUUCGUCGGUGUCGAUGCGACAUAUGAGAAGCCUGAGAGAGCAGAUUUGGUGGUUGAUGUAACGACACAAAGUAUACCAGGAAUCGUACACAGUGAGUGA